AUGUUACAGUCAGCAACAUCAGCAGCACCACAGCAGUGGCGGUGUGGGAAGAGCUUCUGUACGAGUAGUGAUAAGAAAGAUCGAGGCCUUACGUAUAAGAGGCCACCAGAGGCUAAUCAACCCUGGGCCCCCUCCGACGAUCCUAAUAAGGUGUAUUCUGCGAAUAGCAUACCUCCAUCUGUCGUUGAGAAGGCUAAGGAGAGCGAUGCCUGGCUGCCAGUGCGAGAUCCCAACUCUGGUGGCAUUUACUGGUGGCAUCCAAGAUCCAAUGCUACUACUCCUAUUGGUAGUGGUAAACCAGAAACCCUUAUGAGGGCGUUAGGUAACAGUGCUAUGUUCGGCGCUGGUGCCGCGAUGUUCUUCGCGUUGCUCUACAGAGUCUUCGGCAUGUGA